AAUGUUUGAUUUUUUUGAAAAGGUGCCUAAAUUCUGGAUUAGUGUUAGUUCUUAAGUAUGUGCACUCCUUGUUUUGCAAAAACAUUAGUCAGCUUAACUGAUAUGUCGCUCACGGUUGUUGAAAGAGAUCUGUGGUUAGAUUCCUGGCUGGUUCAUUUCUUUUGUGAUUUUUUACAAUCUGUGAAAAGGCGUGUUCCCUGGUGUUAGUUUUUAAGAUUUCACGAUCAUUGCUUUACAUAGUCACUAGCUGUGUCAAUUGGUGAGCCACUCAAGCUUGGUGCAAGAGGUUUGUGGAUCGAAUCCUCAUAGCUCCACUUGUUUUAGGUUUCUUAUCAAUUUUUACAACCCGUGAAGGGGCGCGCUUACUACAACCAUCACCAUUGGGCCCGGCCCAGUUCGGCGGGGGUUGGGUGUCGUAUACAUCUUGACGGAAAAAAAAACUCAUCAUCAACUAAAAAAUAAAAAAAAGACCAUCCUACCCUUUUUCAUGAAGAGGUAUAAACAAAUCUUCACUGUUGAUGUGUUUAGGGGGGUUGUAUUGAAGAAGAAGUGAUCUUUGAUUAUUUUGAAGCUGGCUUGUAAAUUGAGAGCCUUUUAAACGGUAACAAUGCAUUGUUCCGGAGAGUAGGAGGAGGUACUACCUAACAAUUUUGCGUAUAUGCUGGCUACCAAUCCGGUAUAAGCUGUAAUGCUUAGGGCAUCUACAAUGCGUGACGCUUGUAGGAGGCGCCAGGAUCGAAUUCCUGUUCGAUCGGUGGUUGGACGAGAGAAUCCUGGCGUCCGGUGCCAUAUCGACACAAAAGUAGGAACCAAGCGCUUAAGCGUUUUCUCUCCUGGCGAUUAGCGUAACGAUUGGAUUUUUUAGCGCCUACUAAUGCGCCUGGCGUUCGAGCCGACGGACUCUUAGAUGAUUUUCUAAUUAUUUUAUUUCCCUAAACGCCCGUACAUGCGUUCACCAUUGGAGAUGCCCUUAUAGGCCGGACAGUGAACAGUGUCAUUUACAUGGAUUGGAAACUGCAUUCACCUUCAGGCCCUGCUUCAUAUAGAAAGCUCAACAGUCGACAAUAUCAUGCUGGGACUAUCAGCUACAUAGUGCAAGCAAAAUGAUAAAAAACCCCAGCCUGAACUUCAUGGUGAUAUCACCUCUGAUUGCAAUGGCUAUCAGUCAAGGUACACAUGGAGUAACCCGAACUUAGAAUACUUAAACCAAAAUUGGCACGGUAAACCGUGAAGCUAAUAAGUAGGUUGUGCGACCUCGCGACUCGUGGCACUGGCUCGGCCUAGAUGAUAUUUUGUCCGGCGGCAUGGUACAAAAGCAGCUAGCUAGCGUUUGUUGUGUUGUUGCCUCAAAGAGUUGGAUUCUUUUCAUUUUAAUGCAUGGAGAUCGCCAAUUCGCCAGGCAUUAUUUUCAUCUCCCUUUUCAUCAGGAAGCAUUAACAUGGCAAAAACGCAAUAUCCCUUCUCUAUUUAGAGGUUGGCUUGUCAUAAAUGGAGAACCUUUUAUACGGUAAGAACCUAACGACUUUCCGUAGCUUGUAAAUGCAUAGUACGCAGUUGUUGUAGCGCCAAUGAAUGUACUACAACGUUGAGUAGCCGCAACGCGAGUGCGGUAGAAAACUGUAUUCCGUACGUACUCACAUGGCGCGGUGCACAAGCAUGCGCAGUACGUAGGAUACGGUGGUACCUCCUCCUACUCUCUGCUCGGGGACCGCCCGUGCCGUGCUCCGCCAUGGUAAUGGCUACAUGUCAGUCGCUUGUCACGAGCCAUUUGGACUUUUAUAGAUGAAAGGCAUAAAGCCCGACUUCAAAUUAAUGAAGCCAUCAACCGACUCCAAAUUAAUGAAGCCAUUUGGACUUAGGAAGGAAGAAUAAGCAUCCAUCGAGUAGCACCUGCAUGCAUGCGCGCAUGGAGCAGAGUGCUCAGCUUCUGACGCCAACACUGUCAAGGCCCAAGCUCACCACCAACGCCGACGAGCUCCCCGAAGCUGUCGUCCUCGAGGAUGAGGGCGCCGCCAUGGCCGGCUUCGUGGGCCUCCUCCGCCAGCUCGGGGACCUCGCACAGCUUGCCGCGGAGGUGUUCGACGGCCUGCACGAACAGGCCACGGCGGUGUCCGCUCGGGCGCGCGGCCUCACGCUGGGGACGCGGCGGCUCGAGGCGGAGCUGACGCUCGUCGAGGAGCGGCUCCGCCGUCGUCGGAGUGCACGGCCCUGCUUCGUGCAGCAGCAGGACGUCGCCGUUGCCUGCAGCAAUUCAGUCUUCUCUUCAGGCAUUCGGUCAGAAGGCUUGUGUCGUGUCGCAGGCCACGGCGUGCACCGGCGCCGCGCAAGUGCCAGGCCGGUGAACCACGGCGUGAUUGUGGUGGGAGGAACGAAGCCUCGUUCCAUCGCGGAGCACAUCCGGCGAUGCCGCGGGCCUCCGCAGCUGUCCAUGCUUGACAAGUAUGAUGCCGGCGGCGAGGGGGCGUGCCUGAAGCGAUACACGGACCCGUCCUUCUUCAGAGCCCAGCCUGCCAAGCAUGAGCUUUUCUUGCAUGAAACCAAGCCAAAGCUUCAGAGUUCACACAAAUGCUCCAAAUUCAAAACAGGAGCGUUGCUCGAUACGCUCCGGCAACUGAAAUAUCGACACAUCAUCGGAAGAAUCAGGCGUCAAAUGCAUAGCUCUCACAAUCCGGAUUCGGCAGAAGAUGAAGGAUCCGAAGCACAUGUUUUGUCUUCAGCUGAUCCGCCUGAAACAUCAAACACCAGACUGUCAUGCUCUGCUGUGCCGGUCAAGGAGAGGAGCAGUGAGCUCGUCCAGAGGACCAGUUCGUUCGGGGCAUGGCUCUCUCCGGAUGCAGCUUCUACUCAUGCGUCUGACAUCAGACAAGAAACCAAUGCUGAUGGAUUUGCCAGCCAUGGCGCAAACAAGGCCGAUGAGAAUGCCAACAUUGCGACAAAUGCUCGUAGCGCCCUUAUCAACUUCAUCGCCUCAAGGGUCGAAAGCUCGCCGAGGAAGCUCUCUGUCAGGAAGCAUAGUGAUCCUUUAACGGAAUCCUUCCGGAACAUGGCUAAGAAGGUGCUGCUUGAGAAUGAAUCAGCACAUUCGUCACAACGAACUAGUGAAUUCUGAAGACAUGCCAGAUCCAGAUGAAGUUGCAUUUUACAGCAAAAGCAUCGAGGAGACUUAACGAGAGGCGACCUCGGAGCAAUGUGACGAUCCUUGUGAAUAACCUUCCACCUGCUAGCGUCGAUGAAGAAGCAAGCGGCGGCAUAAGUGAUCAAAACCCAAAAGGGACUAAUCUGCAUAUGUUGGAUACCAGUCCGCUAUUGAGUUGUGAUGCUUCUGUGCCGGACAGUGAACAGUACCAUUUACAUGUACUGUCGUUGCUGCCUAUUCCUCCGAUGUAAUGACUAUUUUUUUCCCGGAGAAUCGGCCUUCAGGCCCCGCUUUAUAUAGAAAGCGCAAGUGUCGACAACA